CUCAUUCCUCCGCUCGCAAUUAAUUAGCUGCAGCUGCUUGAGUAUUUAGCGGAGCGAUCGCUGCCCUCGGAGGCUGCUUUGCCUGCACAGCGUUUACGUCUCGGAGCGCCUCUUCUAGCCGGUAUGGGGACGGUGCUGUCUCUGUCUCCGGGGUCUCGGAAGGCCAGCCUGUAUGACGAUGGGUCUGGCUCGCUGGCGCAUUACACCGGCGUUACCAAGGGCAGCGGCCAGAAGCCCGACAAGACUCUAAAGAGACACUCUAUGUUUAUCCCUGCGCUCACCUGGAAGAGGCUGGUUGCUUCCACCAAAAAGAAGACCUCCAGGAAAGGGACGGUCAACAACAAUUACCAGAAGGACGUGGCCCACUUGAACCACGAGAACGUGAAGAAGUCCCUGUCGUGCGCCAAUCUCUCCAGCUAUGACAGUCAGCCUCUUGCGCCUCUUGGCUCCAAGCAGAUCUCCUCCAUCAAGAAGGUCUCCAGCACCACCGGUGGAGGCUCUCCGAAAAGGGUCAUUGUUCAAGCCUCGACCAGCGAGCUCCUGAAAUGCCUCGGGGAGUUCCUUUGCAGGCGGUGUUACCGACUUAAACAUUUGUCGCCCACAGACCCCAUUCUGUGGCUCCGCAGCGUUGACCGCUCCCUGCUCCUCCAAGGAUGGCAAGACCAAGCCUUUGUUACACCAGCCAACGUAGUCUUUGUCUACUUGCUCUGCAGAGAUGUCAUUGAUGGAGACUCGGUGGCCACCGAGCAUGACUUGCAAGCCACUCUCCUGACCUGUCUCUACCUGUCCUAUUCCUACAUGGGCAAUGAGAUCUCCUACCCUCUCAAGCCCUUCUUGGUGGAAGCCGGUAAAGAUGCCUUCUGGGACCGUUGUCUUUGCAUCAUCAAUGCCAUGAGCGCCAAGAUGUUGAGAAUCAACGCCGAUCCUCACUACUUCACCCAGGUCUUCGCCGACCUCAAAAACGAAGGGAACCGCGAUGAGUUCUCCAGAGUUCUAGAUCGGUGACUGUCCCUGGAGAACGAUGGUCCGGAUUUAUCACAGCACUUGAAGGUCGGUUGCGAUACCCACCAUCGCCGGCCAGCUUUGAUCCAGUAGCCAAAAAGGACCAUGUUCCAACCUUGUGUGCUUUGUCCGUGUUGGGAAGUUAUGGAAACCCAAGGCGUCUUGGGUCACUUUAGGCCAAGAAGUGCCUGGCGCUCGCCCCAUAUCUUCACUCAGUAUCUUUUUUUGCUGGACCUCGUUAUGUUCCUCUCUACAUAUGGAUAGCGGCUGCUAAAAAGAAUGAUUUCCAAAGCGAUCCCAAUCCAUGACCUCAUCAGUAUUUCCU